AUGCAAACUCAGAUGUUCGGUUUCCAUAAAGAUGCCCUGUACUGCCCGCAAAGAGUGCCUGCAGCUCGGUCAAUCCAGCAAUCUCGUGCGGCACUGCAUUGGAUCCUUCUAAUCGCUGAAGAGCAAAUGGCCCAACGCAUCAAGGAGCCACCAAACGCGCACAUUCUCAAACACUCCAUCUUGAAACGCAGAGCGAGUGGAUAUGGGAUGCUCAGGUCGCUCUUGAACAAUGCUGACUUUGACCUGGAGACGGCCGUAUUAGCUUUACGAUAUGCGAUAUCGGCUGAAUGUUACAUGAACCACAAAGACGCUGCCCAGGAACACUUGAAAGCCUUGGAUGCUCUACUGCAAAGACCGGGGGCACUGGAAUAUUUCGUCGUCAAUGCGGACAAGACUGCACUGUCACUUUCGACCCUCAAGAGAAUGUCAUUCAGCGACUUUGAGACUAUCAAAACCAUGGUAUUCCUCAAGUGGAGGCGCUUGCAGGCAUGGUCGAAGCAGAACCACGCUGACUUGGUCCGCCACGCUUAUACCACUUAUCACAUGAGCGCCGAUGCCAACCACAAGGCUCAAGCUCUUCCACAGAAGCAAGCAAAAGAACCUACCACGGAACAGUCUCUCCUCGAUCGGUACAUCGCAAUCAAGAAGUCCGCGCUCUUCUCGACCUACACUUGUGAGACAAUGAACGCGGCUUGUGAUCCCGAAUGGGUGUACACUUACCAAGCAGGGCUCUUCGCAUUGUUUUACGACCUGAACAUGACAUUGGCAAGUUUUGGAAGGGAUAAUCUUCGCGAGAAGAUCUUGUUCCUGGAGAAACUCAAAGUUGCCUUCGAUUCCAACUCUGCCAAUACCCUGGGCGGGACCUCUACGCUGUCUAUUGUGGACUGGGUUCGCGAGCAAUGCUACAGUGAAUGCUUCAAGAAGGAGGAAGCCAUCUUCAAGGAAACUGAUCUUUGCACUUACGAGAUCAAUGGUUUUAAGAUCUUCGCACUACUGCAUGUGGAUCAGCGAGUUCGUCUGACAGCAGCGCUACGCGCUUGGUUGCUCAUCGAUAUCAGCGUCGACGUUGACAUCGAGGCAGAAGAUUUAGAGGAAGUGGAAUUUCUCUCGAUGGAAGAGCAAGUCACCAGAGCUUGGUGGGACGAACAGCUCACCCCGAACUCAUCGCCAUCACCCUGA